AUGGAGGACUUACCGAAGCCGAUCCCAUACGACUACGAAGCAUUAGUUAUUCGGCCGUGUGGUGCUGAAUAUCAGCAUUAUGAGACAGAUCUCGUUCUGAUUCUCAAAUCUCAGAGGGUUUGUUUUGUUUUUCCUAAUGACAAUAACAAUAUUUGUUUUCAGGAACGAUACACAAAGAACCGCAUCUACGGAAUCAGCAGGGAAGCGUUCCUUCCACCCGUCAUCGAGAAGAGCUACGAUAAUUUCGAGCUAGCCAAAAACCUAGAGAGACGCUACGCGACUCCACUCAAAUUCGGCGACAUCGUCAUAUUUAACGAUUCGGACAUCAAUCAUCACGAGAGCUUGAUUCUCCGAUUCAAACGCGAAAAACCACUAUAUGAGGUGUCUUCGAACAAUUUUGGUCCACUUUUGAGAAUCGGUGGCGUCAUUAGUCCAAUGAAGCUGAACACUUUCUGGACUCCAUUGGAAGACUUGGUCAUUCCAACCGAUAUAGCACCACUUGCCGAGCCGAACGUAUGGCUGACGGCGUGGAUUCGAAUCGAAACUAACAUGUUGCACAGCAAGGACAACUAUCAUCUGGAGUACACGUUCGACUCAUUUGCCGGUUGCGAUCCAUCAGACCAGGCACGCGUUGCCGCAGCUCCAUGGCACAGUCGAUCUAUCGAUUCCCAAUUCUCAAUGUUGCCUGCAGAGCCAACACCGUGUGAAAGUGACGAUGAAAUCGAUUUGGAGCCGAGAAAGGAUAUCUACGUCAAAGAGGAUAAAUGGGCGGAGAAAAUCAAUCGACAACUGGGUCUGUUCGUUGGUGGACGUCUUCUUUUGUGCAAAGAUCUACCACAAUACGAUUUCAUCAUCCCACUUCUGAAACCAGUCGCCGUCGCUCCCGGAGAGGAUAGAACAUUCAUCUACCCAUCAAUUGGAGAAUACUUCCACUUCUGCGCCGUUUGGUCUAUUCACCACAAAGGCUUCCUAGUCACCGAAAUGCUGCCAUUCCAGAUUCUUAGAGGAUAUUCUACGAGUGUCAGUGGAAAUAUUCUCGUCCGUGUCAACCAAGCAUCUCUCGGUGGACUCUUCACCGACUCAGACAGCAGUCUCGGAUUGUUGGACGAUCCAUAUCACACAUUGUGCUUCUCUGAGUUCCAUCCAGCUGCUCACGGUGGAUUGAAAGCGUUGGUUGAGGUCCACGCAGUGCGUUCCUCUGAAAACCGUUCCGUGCGUUGGCGUAUCGUCCGAACGAUUUACGAGGACGAUCACGUGUCGAGAUUCGCCUCAUGGCUGGCAGCGGCGACUUUCUGUGUUGGACCGAUCCAUGGAAUGGUUAUCAGCAAGGAUACGGUGAUCAGCGGCGACUAUCCGAGCGUCUACUUCCGUUUGCCUCCAAAUUCCAACUUGAUCGCUGGAUGUGGAGUUCGAUUCCGCGGAAGACGAGCGGCAGGAGUUAACAGCGAAAUCAUGAUCGAAGAGAUUCACACCAAUCCGAAAUUUUCGGCAAGAAAAGUGAUCGGACAAGAAGAGAAUCUUCUCUUCCAAGUACCACUGAAGAUGAUUCUUGGCCAUGAACAGCUGGCAAGAAAUGAAGUCUUCGGUCCAGUGGAUAUGCGACAGUUGGAUCCACCAGAGGACACUGAUGAUGGGGUAUUCUACGCAUGGGUCCGGGAAUCACCAACAAUCGACAAUUGCCGUCGUGCAUGCACUAUCAUGGAAGUUUUCUCGGUCGCACUGAACACACCACUUCUUCCUGCUCUCAGUGGAUCUUCGAGAAGUGGAAGUCGCCAUAGCGGUUCGUCACGCGCAACACUAAGUAGCAGCUCGCACGGAGGAUCAACAUCGUCUCGCAAUUCUACCAGAUCUAUCAACUCGAAUAGAUUCGUCGGUGGUCCAGCUCGCAGCACUCCGGGUAGCAUCAGCAACAGAGGAGCUCCAAACGAUUCGGAUGCUUGA